GGGAAGCUGCGUUACGCCAACAACAGCAACUACAAGAACGACGUCAUGAUCCGGAAAGAGGCGUACGUGCACAAGAGCGUGAUGGAGGAGCUGAAGAGGAUAAUCGACGACAGUGAAAUCACCAAAGAAGAUGAUGCUCUGUGGCCUCCUCCUGACAGGGUUGGUCGGCAGGAGCUUGAAAUAGUAAUUGGUGAUGAGCACAUCUCCUUUACCACGUCAAAAAUCGGUUCACUCAUUGAUGUAAAUCAAUCCAAGGAUCCAGAAGGCUUGAGAGUGUUCUACUACCUGGUCCAGGACCUUAAGUGUCUAGUCUUCAGUCUUAUUGGACUACACUUCAAGAUUAAGCCAAUUUAAAUCAAGCAAACUGAAGUUUGUAUUGCUGUGUCUCUACGGGGUGGGAGGGGGGGAUGCUGUUUCAAUUCCUCACUAAUUCUGGCCUGAAGCUUUUAUGUAUGUUAGAAUUUUUUUUUACAAACUGUCAGUGACUGUCUUAAUAAAACUAUGAGAUCUGUAUUUUUUAAUU